AUGGUGAAUUGUGUUCCCUGCAACAAACAAUUUCGCUCUCAAGAAGCCUUGGAGAAGCACCUUCAGUUUGGGCAUCGUUGCGAGCUUUGCAAUAAAUCCUUCCAAUCCAUUCACUCAAAGCGUCAGCACACCAGAAGCGCAAAGAACCAUUUCAUGGAGAACCAUCGCCCUGUAGUCAAAGCUGCACCACCACAGAUGCCAGUAAAAGACUGCCAGGAAGGAAACGAUCAACCACCUGAAUCGGGGAUUGGAGCGAAUGGCGAUAAUCUGAAUCUCACAUAUACUGGAGUACCUCGAGCUGCAGUAACACCGGUCUUCAAAGUAGCAUGCCGCCUCCGUUUCACGAAGCCUGACGUCAAUAUGCUAUUGAGACGCAUCGAUACCCAGUUAGACACUAUGGUCAUCUCAGCGCUUAUUGAAGCUGCCCUUCGGCUGUUGCCGCCUGAUAACUCUCCCAAUGGUAGAGCCGAGGCGGAAGAAAGAAUGCGGCAAAAGAGAGAGCGGGCGCUCAUUCAAGAAACGUCUUUUAUUGACCGAAUGAGAGAUCUCGGCUAUCAAUUUCGGACCGAGAGAGAGCAAAAGGAAUUACGACUUAGCCCAACACCUGACAUCCGAUUUCAUGAGCCGGUGUCAGUGAAUGGACAUUCCUGCUACUGGAUAGAAUACAAGAACUACUUUGGGUUUAAAGCGAAUCCAUUUAUCACUUCGAAAAACAAGAAGCAAUUUAGGAAAUAUGUGUCUGGGUUAGGACCGGGUGCUGUUGUAUACAAAUUAGGAUAUGAAAUUGAACACAUAGCAAUGAUUGGGGUCGAGAUAUUCCGGGAGGCUGAAUUUCUCAAUAACCUGGAGCAAGAGUCAAGGCUACGAAAUUGA